ACACACACAUUCACACACACACACAGACUCUGCAGCAAAUGUAGUGGUACUCGCAAUGAAACCGUGGACAGAGUGAGAAAAAAUCCACAGAGAGAGAGGUAAGGAAAAAGAUAGACUUGAACAAAACAGACGCAAAAAGGAAACAUACAGUACAUUUCUAGGCAGAAGUACAGAAGAAGACGUCUACUGGACAGGAUUCAGAAUCAGCACAUGUGAAAGAGACACGUUCACAGCGGUCAGAUGCCUGUAUUCAAGAGCAAAACAUACACAGAGAGAGGUGACUUGCGUGAUGACAGAUUGCUUCAUGAGGUUUAUAUGAGUGACAUUUCCAACAAAGCUCACAGAGGCGAGAUGUUCGAACCCAAACAGGAUGAGCCAUGUGACCUCAGGGGCCUGAGAAUGACCUCUGAGGAUGACUGUUCCCUGGGCAACCUGUCUGAUGCAUUAGUCACCGCUGCAAGCAGCCCUCAGUCCAGUAGUCUCAUCCUGCUGGAGGAUCUGUGCAGCCCUCUAGAGGAGAACAGCGGCCUGGUUCCACCAACACCUCCGCCCUCUACUGAGGGAGAAGAUGGGAAAAGCACAGAGAGCAGCAUGAAUGAGUUGUGGAGGGAGGAUGAAGACAAAGAGAAAGAGGAGGAGAGGGGGAAUACUGAGCCAGUGACCGAAGCGAAGGAAGAGCAGGAGCUCUCGCAAGCACACGCGAGAGAUAGUGAAGCUGAAAAACAUCUGGUUGUUGAUGAAGAUAAUGCUUCAGAGGCAGUGGACACGAACGCUCCACCUUCAUCCUCUUCCUCAUCAUUUGUCAUCCCUGAGUUGCGAUUAGAUCGGUCCUUCAGUACAGAUGCCCUCUCCACCCCCGGAACUGAUGAAGAGUAUGAAGAAGAUGAAGAUGAUGAGGAGGAGGAGGAGGAUGAGGAGGACAGUGAUGAUAACUACCUGGAACGCAGUGACAGCAAACGGAGGAGCAUGGUAGAGUCCACUUCCUGUGAAAAGCACUCAGGUGGACUCAGCGUGCAGAAUUCCCUGCGCAGACGCACACAUAGCGAGGGCAGUCUUCUCCAGGACCCUCGCACAACCUGCUUCGCAUCUGACAAUGCCAUCAACUGUGUGGAGGUGACCGGGACACAGAAGGGAGGCUGGAUGCUUCCGUCACCCAAAACCCUGAAGAAAGAGCUGACUAAGAAUGGAGGGUCCAUGCACCAGCUGUGUAUGCUGUUCUCCGGAAGAAAAGUAAGUCCUUGUUCUUGCUCUGACAGUCAAACGGUGUAGGAAUCAUUUAUUUUCGUCAUGUUACUUGCUUUAGCUGAUAUAUUACUGAGGCCAA